CACUGAGUAGUCUCAUCCUAUCAAUGCUCACAGCUAUUCCAACUAAGCUCUUCGUGUAUCAACUAUGUGCAAGAGCUCCCGUGUAUAAAGAGCACUUUUCUUUGGCAUUUUCACUUCAUUUGACUUGGUGUAACUUGCCCAUACUUGGGAUCGCGGCGAUGAUGGACUUCCUCAACGAGUCCAAUUUCUCCCUCGGAUACAUCAAUGCAUCAUUAGCUGCCGACAGUCCACCUCACUACAAUACCGUCCUGCUGGUCAUCUUUGGCGUCAUCUUCCUGUUUGGCAUCCUGGGCAACAGCAUCGUCAUCUACACCAUCAUGAAGAAAACAAAGUGUCGCGCCAAACAAACCGUCCCGGACGUCUUCAUCCUCAAUUUGUCCAUUGUCGACGUCCUCUUCCUGCUCGGAAUGCCCUUCCUGAUCCACCAGUUGCUAGGCAACGGCACAUGGCGGUUUGGUGCCGCCAUGUGCACGGUCAUCACGGUGCUGGACUCCAACAGUCAGAUCGUGAGCACGUACAUCCUCACGGCCAUGACGCUGGACCGCUACGUGGCCACGGUGCACCCCAUCCGCUUCAACUACAUCCGCACGCCGUGCGUGGCCUCCUUUGUCAUCGCUGUCGUCUGGGCGCUGUCUCUGAUCACCAUCAUCCCCGUGUGGAUGUACGCCGACCUCAUGCCCCUUCCUGGCGGACUGGUGGCCUGUGCAUUGCUCCUGCCCGACCCGGUCACCAACAUGUACUGGUUCACACUGUACCAGUUCUUCUUGGCCUUCGCCAUCCCCCUUGCGAUCAUCUGCAGAGUGUUCUUUAAGAUCCUGCAGCACAUGUCCACCAGUGUGGCCCCGCUACCCCAAAGGAGCCUGAGGGUGCGCGUCAGGAAUGUAACGCGAAUGGCGGUGGCCAUCUGCUUGGCUUUUUUCAUUUGCUGGGCCCCCUAUUACAUCCUGCAGCUGGUUCACCUGGGCGUGCAGAACCCCAGUAUGGCCUUCUCCUACGCCUACAACAUCGCCAUUAGCAUGGGCUACGCCAACAGCUGCAUCAACCCCUUCCUCUACAUCGUACUUAGCGAGACCUUCAAGAAACAGUUCGUCAAGGCUGUGCGGCCGGCCAACAGGAAGUUAAACGUCCAUUCCAACACCACAGAGGGCGACAGUGUGUGCAUGAGGAUGGUCCCCGAAGGCGCUCACCUGGAGCCAGCGGCAAGGGAGAUACCAUCAAGCGUAGAGCCACAGUGAAGCAAACGUGCUUUCCUUUUGCUUUUUGAACAAAAAUUAAAUCU